AUGUCUGCUGAACUUGAAACAACCGAGCCACUAGUUGCUCCAUCUUUAUCAACUGCUCAAAAUGAAGAAACGUUUGCUUUCCAGAAAUAUGCUGGUAGUGAACACGAUAGGUCCUCAUAUUUAGGACCAGAAUAUUUAAACUUCGAUUUGAAUGAAUUAGUUGGUAAGUAUUACUCUGUUGACAAAUUGGUCAGCUAUUUCGAACAAAAUCCAAAGUAUACCAAAAUUACAUUGCAAUUUCCUGAUUCGUUGGUACAAGACUCUAGUAUUGUAACAAAGUUGCUUCAACAAAGGUUAGAUAACUCUGUUAUAGUUGAUACAACUGUUAAUCAAGAAUUAAAUUCAGAAUCUGGUGACCAUAAUGAUAAAAUGACUAUUAGAAAAUUUUGGGUAUUGGCAGAUACUGCAUACAGUUCUUGUUGUGUUGAUGAAGUUGCCUCAGAACAUGUUAAUUCUCAAAUUGUAGUUCAUUUUGGUGAUUCCUGCUUGAAUAGUAUCCAAAAGCUUCCGGUGGUGUAUUCUUUUGGUAAUCCUUACUUCGAACUCGAAAAAGUUGUUGAUAACUUUUUGGAAACUUAUCCAGAUACAAAUGAAAAAAUAUGUAUUAUGGCAGAUACCCCUCAUACUCAACAUAUCAUGGAACUAUAUAAUGUCUUGAAGACUAAACAUUAUAAAAAUUUAUUAGUUGCAGGUAUAAAUUCCGAUUUGGCUAAUGAAAAUGUGACACUUCUAGAUCAAAGCCCAAGCGAAGUUUCUUUAAAGAAAGUAUUAACAUUGGGUAACAGAGUGCUACUGGCAGAUGAUGAAUCUAUUGCAUUUGAAGAUUCUUCUGAGUUACAACAGGACUAUCAUUUAUUCCAUAUCACGAUGCCUCAGGAUCCCCGCUUACUAUAUCUAUCGACUAUAUUCCAAUCUAUGUCAAUUUGUGAUCCUCAGGAUGGAUCCGUUUCACAAGGACCAUUCCCUUCACUAAUGAAACGUUAUAAAUACAUGCAUGUGGCAAGAACUGCCGGUUGUAUUGGUAUUUUAGUAAAUACUUUGUCUUUGAGAAAUACCAACGAGACAAUUAACAAAAUAUCUCAAUUAAUCAAAAAUAAUGGUAAGAAACACUACUUAUUUGUAGUAGGAAAACCUAACGUUGCCAAAUUAGCAAAUUUUGAACCAGUUGAUAUUUGGUGUGUUUUAGGUUGUGGUCAAAGUGGUAUUAUUAUUGAUCAGUAUAAUGAGUUCUAUAAGCCAAUUAUCACACCUUAUGAACUGACGAUGGCUUUAUCGCCAGAAGUCACCUGGACAGGUAAAUGGAUUGUAGAUUUCAAAGAAGCUUUAAAAGAUGUUGAGGAUGAGUUGGAGGAAUCUGAAGUAAAUGUACAUUCGGGAGAUAACCAAGCAGCUGAAGGUGAAAGUAAUGCGCCAGAGUUUGACGCUGUUACUGGUAGAUAUGUCAGCAAUUCUAGACCACUAAGAGAUGUUACACACUUGGAAAUUGAAAGUCCAUCCGAUAAGCAGGAGAACUCUAGAUCUGGUUCAAAUGAACUAGUUAAAAAAUUCGCCGGUAGUAUUAUCAUCAAGGGAACUGUUUCAACUUCAGCUUCACAUUUACAGAAUCGUCAAUGGACAGGUUUAGGUAGUGAUUUUAAGAAUAAUGAGGAUCAUGAUGAGGACGGUGCCAUUAUUGAAGAAGGUAUCUCUGGUGUGGCCCGUGGUUAUCAAUUUGAUAGAGAUAACUCAAAAAAGAAUUAA